AUGUUGGCGACUCCAGGUUCCUCCCAACAGCACCGUCAGCCAGCGGUCAGCCCCCUGUCCCUGAACGCAGAGUCAAGACGGCAGCAGAGCCAGCAGAUGUCUCCCACGCUCUCCCCUCUGUCGCCAAUCACUCAGGCCGUGGCUAUGGACGCUCUGUCCCUGGAGCAGCAGCUGCCAUACUCCUUUUUCACUCAAGCGAGUUCCCAGCAGCCACCGCCGCCGCCGCCCCAGCAGCCUCCGCAGCAGCCGCAGCCCCAGUCACAGCCACAGCAGCCCCAGGUGCCCAGCAGCCUCUCCCAGACCACCCCCUUAAUGCCGAGCUCGGGUUUACAGCGGGGGCCGCCACUCCCCCCUCUCUCGGUCACAGUACCAUCUACUAUCCCCCAGUCCCCUCCAGGCAACCAGGCCCAGCCAUCGAUGGGAAUAGACAUCACCUCGGGUUCACUCCAGCAGUACCGCAGUAAUGCUGGCUCCCCAGCCAACCAGUCUCCCACCUCUCCUGUCUCCAAUCAAGGCUUCUCUCCUGGCAGCUCCCCUCAACACUCUUCCGUCCUGGGCAGCGUCUUUGGGGACUCCUUUUAUGAUCAGCAGAUGACAGCGAGGCAGGCUAAUGCCCUGUCCCAUCAGCUGGAACAGUUUAAUAUGAUUGAAAACGCUAUCAGCUCUAACAGCCUCUACAGCCCCUGCUCCACACUUAACUACUCCCAGGCUGCCAUGAUGGGACUGACAGGGAGUCACAGCAGCCUUCAGGACUCACAGCAGCUAAACUACUCAAGCCACGGAAACAUCCCCAACAUCAUCCUUACAGUGACAGGGGAGUCCCCUCCCAGUUUAUCAAAAGAACUGACCAGCACUUUGGCAGGAGUUGGUGAUGUCAGUUUCGAUUCCGAUUCCCAGUUCCCCCUGGACGAACUCAAGAUUGACCCUUUAACCCUAGAUGGGCUUCACAUGCUCAAUGAUCCUGACAUGGUCCUCACUGACCCUGCCACAGAGGACACUUUCCGAAUGGACCGGCUGUAGGGUGUGGACAACCUUGAGCCUAGGAAUGUGUCACCUUCCUGGUGCCCAGCCGAACUGAACACAGCCCACGGGUCAGUGGAGUCAGAUUCCAUGGUUCCUGAGAGCAGCCGCUCUGCCCCAUUCAAUUGAGUAAAGCUUGUCGUUCUAAGCUUGCA